AUGGCUAUAUUCUUUCACCAAUUACUUGAAGAUUGUUCUCAAUAUGGAAUUCAAGAAUUCUUUUGGGGUGGUGCUCAUAGAGGCCGUUUAGCCUUACAAAAUGUUCUCUUUCAAUAUCCUACUGGUCAAUUAUUUCGUAAAUUAUGUGGAAUGAGAGAAGCUCCAGAAAAUAUUUUUGGAAUUGGGGAUGUUUCUUCUCAUCUACAUUUUGAUUUUAAUUACAAAACAAUUAAUGACAACAAUGUCCAUGUAAGCACAUUACCAAAUCCUUCACAUUUAGAGGCAACAAUUGCUACACUUUAUGGGAAAGCUAGAGCUAGGGCACAAACUUUAAGAAUAGGCGAUUAUGGUGGUCAAGUUGUUGGAGAAGGUAUUCUUGCCGUUCAUCACCACGGAGAUGGUGCUUUUACUGGACAAGGAAUUGUUUGGGAAGCUCUAUCGAUGUCUCAAGUACCGAAUUUUCACAUUGGCGGCUCUAUUCAUUUAAUUGUUAAUAAUCAAUUAGCUUUUACUGCAGACAAAACUAUUGGACGAUCAUCAAUUUAUUGUGGAAAUGUUGCUUUAGCUAUUGACUGCCCUUUAAUUUGUGUUAAUGCCGAAAAUAUUUUGGAAGUAAUUAAAGCAGCAAAAAUAGCUUUAAAAUAUCGACAAAUUUUUAGAAAAGAAAUUUUUGUUGAAUUAAUAUGUUAUCGAAGGUAUGGACAUAAUGAAUUGGAUGAACCUAGAUUUACACAGCCUAAAAUGUAUAAAGCUAUAGAUAAACAAAAAUGUUUAGUUGAUUGUUUUAAAGAAGAAUUAAUUAAUGAUGGAAUAUUUACUGAAGAAAAGGCGAAUUUUGUUGUAAAAGAAUAUUUAGAGGAAUUAAAUGAAAUACUUUUAAAUGUUAAUGAAGGGAAAAUACCUCCAAUAAUUGAUCAUUUACGUGGAAAUUGGAAAGGAUUUAAACAAGCGCCUAAAUGUGUUACUAAAUGGAAUACUGGAUUUAAUAAAGAAUUACUUGAAUUAAUUGGGGGUACUUCUGUUAAUGUUCCCAAUGAUUUUUCAAUUCAUCCAACUCUUGAAAAAUCACUUGUUAAUUCUCGACUGGAAAAAAUCCAAAAUGGAAAUAUUGAUUGGAGCACAGCAGAAUCUUUAGCAAUCGGUUCUGUACUUUUGCAAGGUUUUGAUGUUCGUUUAAGUGGUCAAGAUGUAGGUAGAGGAACUUUUAGUCAAAGACAUGCAAUGCUUGUUUGUCAACAAACUGAUAAAGUUUAUAUUCCUUUGAAUAAAAUACAAGAAGGACAGAAAUGUUUUCUUGAGAUAGCUAAUAGCCCUCUUUCGGAAGCAGCCGUUGUUGGUUUUGAAUAUGGUUUUGCUAUUGAAAACCCUAAAAGACUUGUUAUUUGGGAGGCUCAAUUUGGUGAUUUUUAUAAUGGUGCUCAAGUACAGAUAGAUACUUUGAUAGCUAGUGGAGAAAGUAAAUGGUUUUUACAAAAUGGAUUGGUUUUGCUUUUGCCUCAUGGUUUUGACGGGGCUGGUCCAGACCAUAGUAGUGCUCACAUUGAACGUUUCCUUUCUCUAACCGAUAGUAGCGAAUCUCAAUUAGUACCUGAUGGGGAUAAUGUAAAUAUGAGGAUAAUAACACCAAAAUUACUUCUUCGGCAUUCAUUUUCUUCUUCGCCAAUUGAAGAUUUUAUUGAAGGAACAAGUUUUCAGCCUGUUUUAUUUGACAAAACAAUAAAAGAAAAUAAAAAUAUUAAAAAGGUUAUAAUCUGUUCUGGAAAGCAUUCCCUCACACUUUUUAACGAAAGAAGUAAAAGAGAAAUUUGUGACAUUGCAAUUGUUCGUUUGGAAGAAAUUUGUCCUUUCCCAGUUGUUGAUUUGACUAAAAUUUUUGAUAUUUAUUCUAAUGCUAAAUCUUUUAUUUGGUCGCAAGAAGAACCAAGAAAUGCUGGAUGCUGGCCUUUUAUUCAAAAUAGAUUUAAAAAUGCUUUUGGGAUUGAACUUAAAUAUGCUGGUCGUGCAGAACAAGCGUGGAUAGCCACUUCAAUUGCUGAAGUACAUGAAAAGGAAGUUUUGGAUAUUUUGGAAGAAACAUUUUCUUAAAU